CGCUGUCUCUCUCUCUCUCUCUCUCUCACACACACAAACUAUUUGAAGCAUAAAUGCGAUCGUCUUCACUCACUCAGCUGGGAUAAUUGACAUGCCUAAAUCAUGAUAUCACAUGAUGCAGGAGCUUAGCAACCUCCGUAAGGAGUUUAAGGUCUAUGGGUUUCUACGUAUCAAUAUAAAUGAGGGAGUUACAAAAUAAUGUUUCUGUACUGGGCUGUGGAGCAGAAAAGAGAACAAUCCUUUACACUGGUUAUUUAUUAAAGAGGCCGAACGCUCUUCUCCUGCGUACUAAUGAGCCCAGCCUGCAAGCUGAGAUGCUCUUCUGCAAAAUGCACAUGACCCUUUGACAAGCCCGAAAGGAUCAUGGGAUCGAUUCACAUAGGAAAAGCUGCCACACUGUCUGAGCUGUUGCACGCCAGCAUAGACAUGAUAGACAAUGAAGGAGAGCUGCGGAACAGCCAGUUACCCAGAAUGGUCCUCUUAAUACAUCGAUGGUACCUCCUGUCCACUGAAUUAGCAGGAAAACUUCAGCUAAUGUACCGAGACGCCUGCGGAGAAGACUGCAAUGCGUUUCGACUCAAAAUCUGCCAAUUAAUGAGGUACUGGAUUUCUGAAUUCCCUGCCGAGUUUAAUCUGGAUCUCGGUUUGGUCCGCCUUACAGAGGAGUUUCGGGAAGUGGCAAGCCAGCUCGGUUAUGAAGAACACAGCAAACUGAUUGACAUUUCAAGCAUCCCGUCAUAUGAUUGGAUGAGGCGGGUAACCCAGCGCAAGAAAAUAACCAAGAAGAAGGGGAAAGCCUCCCUGUUAUUUGAUCACCUGGAGCCUCUUGAGUUGGCUGAGCACCUUACUUUCCUGGAGUACAAAUCCUUCCGUCGGAUAUCAUUUACAGACUAUCAAAGCUAUGUGAUACACCGCUGUCUAAUGGACAAUCCAACCCUCGAGAGGUCUAUUGCUCUCUUCAAUGGCAUUUCCCAAUGGCUCCAGCUGAUGGUUCUUAGCAAACACACAUCAGUGCAAAGGGCAGAAGUUAUCACUAAGUUCAUCAACGUGGCACAGAAGCUGCUCCAGCUCCAGAACUUCAAUACACUGAUGGCUGUUGUAGGUGGUCUGAGCCACAGCGCUAUAUCCCGCCUCAAGGAAACUUGCUCACACCUCGCUCCUGAGGUUACAAAGGCCUGGAAUGAAAUGACUGAACUUCUCUCCUCUAAUGGAAACUACUGCAACUAUCGAAAGGCUUUCGCAGACUGUGAGGGUUUCAAAAUUCCAAUCCUAGGGGUUCACUUGAAAGACCUGAUUGCUGUUCAUGUAGCUUUCCCAGACUGGAUAGAUGAAAAUAAAGUCAAUAUUGUUAAAAUGCAGCAGUUAUAUGUCACGUUCAAUGAACUAGUUUCACUUCAGGAUGCAAAUCCCCAUUUAGAACCAAAUAUGGAUUUAAUUCACCUGCUGACGCUUUCCUUGGAUCUAUAUUAUACAGAAGAUGAAAUCUAUGAGCUCUCACUGCUGCGGGAACCACGGAAUUCUAAAUCAAUGCCCAGCACUCCAACUACACCUAGUAAACAUGUAACCCUUGUCGACUGCACCCGGGGUAACCCUAAGCCAGAUCCAUCAAUCAUCAAUAAGCACAUCCGCAAGAUGGUUGAUUCUGUGUUUAGGAAUUACGACCAUGAUCAUGAUGGUUACAUCUCUCAAGAGGACUUUGAAAGCAUAACUGCCAACUUUCCAUUCUUGGAUUCUUUCUGUGUGUUGGACAAAGAUGAGGAUGGUCUAAUCAGUAAGGACGAAAUGAUGGCUUAUUUCCUGAGGGCCAAUUCUCAGCUGCAGUGCAAAAUGGGACCCGGCUUCAUUCACAACUUUCAGGAAAUAACGUAUCUCAAGCCUACCUUCUGUGAACACUGCGCAGGAUUUCUCUGGGGUAUAAUCAAACAGGGAUACAAGUGCAAAGACUGUGGUGUGAAUUGCCACAAGCAGUGCAGGGAUCUGCUGGUGUUAGCAUGCCGGAAACUCCGGAAGAGCACUUCCUUGGAGAACUCAUCACCGACUUCCCUCUCCCAUGGCUCCCUGCCCAGCAGCCCCGCAUCGCUCAACCUUGGGAAUGUUCAAGAUGGAGAAGUAUUCAACUUCCCCAACAGCUGCGUUACCACUGGAAACCAAGCCACUGUUAGCAGGUCAAUCACACUAAUGACAGGUUCAGCCCAGAAGAUCUCAGUGCGUUUACAGCGAGCCACCGCUAGCCAGGCCACCCAGACAGAGCCCUUGUGGCAGGAGAGUGGGUGGGCUGCGGGCGACUCAGGAUCACACACCUUUCCCAAAAUGAAGUCAAAGCUUCAAGGAAAAGGAGGAAAAAGUCGAGGGUUUGCCAAGUGGGAGAAUGAGAAGUCCAGUGCGUCAAGCAGGACAGAAGAGGAACAGGAACCAGUUCAGAAUGGGACAGACAUAGAAGAGGAGGAGCAGUAAAUGUUCAUUGUUCAGACAGACAGGACUAUUGUUGAACAAACUGAGACACUGGAUAAACAAUUACAACUGGAUACUUUGUGGAAGUUUUCUUUCGGGACAAAAAAUAUCUGAGAGAUACUUUUCUAGGACUGGACAAAUCCACUCCACCUCUAUCUGGAUGUAAAUUAUUCCAUUCCUAUGACGAAAGAUAGUAUUCUUACAAAAUAAACUGCUAUCGCCUCUGAUGGCUGUUUACUGGAGGUUCACAACCCAGGAACUUUGGGUUAAUUGUCAACUGCUCAUUGAACAAAUAAGAUGAUGAAGUGCACAGUUUAUUGGAAUAAGCUACUCAACUAGGCAUUCAGACUCAUUUGUGAAGCUUUGGCUUAAAAGGACCACAUAUCUAAGCAAAGACUGACAGCGUUUAUUAUGGAUCUACAUCAGUUUUAUUUCACCUGUUAUAACCCCCUGAGAGAUUUUAGCAGUAUGUGCAAAUUUUCAGAUAACAGAUCUCGCUGUUGUUCUACAGAUGUUGUUCUAAAGAUGUUCUACAGAGGAGAGUUUAUCUUUGGAGCAAACCGUUUCUUAACAUUUUCUCUUGCUUUUUAUUUUUCAAACAAAAAAAACACAGCAUUUCAUUUUUGUGGUUGUAUGAAUCAAGGAAUGAAUGCUUAAACUUACCGCAUUGCUACGACUGUAAUAUUUAUCACAGGAACUUUAAAGGGAAACGCCAAGAAAACCCAGAAGACGUAUUCCUCAAGAAAACCUGCAACCCUCUGCCAUCCUGAUUGUAAAAAAGUGAAUUGUGAAUUUCAAUAAAUGAUUGAUCAUU